GGAAACUGUGGCUCAUUGAUAGACGUUGUACUUCCGGAUGUUACAGAGUUGACACAAAGCCAUGGCAGCGGUAGUUCUACUUUUUCUCAUCUCCUUGCUGGAUUCAGCUGAAGGUGCUGAAAAUCGGUUUGUGAGGUCUGGAUCGAACCUUCUACUGAAAGCAAAGACAACUGAAUUAGGAGAAAAUGAGUUUAUUUGGAAGUUUAACACCACUAUCAAUCUUGUAAAAUUCAAACAUGGCGGGAAUCCUUUCAUCAAAUAUGUAGAAAGAACAGUUUUUUCUAAAGAAAACUACUCUUUGCUAUUGAGAAAUAUGCAACACAGUGACACUGGAAACUAUAAGGAAAUACUAAGUUUAGGCGAAGACAAAACUGUAGCUGAAUACACAGUCAUUGUCCAAGAUCCAGUGUCUCCAGUGAAUUUAACAGUGACCCCCAGUGACCCCAGCUACUGUAACUUCACUGCGACAUGUAGAAUAAAGGAUUCUCAAAUUAGUGGAUCUUUUCAAUGUGAAAAUAAAACCUGCCGUUUAGUGUACCAAACAGACCUGAAGGUCUCAUCUCUGAAGGUCUCUGUAGAGGAAAGCUCCAUCAUCUGUAACCAUAGCAACCAAGUGAGCUGGGAAAAGGAUGUAAAGAAUAUUUCAUCUCUCUGUGAAAAUCCACCAGUCCUCAAUACAGCUGCCAUAGUUGGGAUAACAUUUGGAGCAUUACUGCUGGUAUCUAUUAUGUGCUCUGUGCUCAUAAUAAUGUGUAAAAGAAAGAGGAGCGCAAAUACAGUGUAUGAAGUUCCUCAGGAAAUUUCACAGAAUAACCAAUAUGCAAAUCCUGCAGAAAUUACUGAAGCUCCUUCUCCAACAUCAACGUAUGCCCUGGUGCAGCUUCAUAGUCGUCCUGUGCAAAUCAAUGUCAUCAGUACCUCCACAAACCUGCAGCCUGAAACAAUUUAUGCUCAAGUUGACAGAGCUGCCAAAUCCAACUCAAAACCUGCUGCAGCCAAAAGAUGACAAAAAAUAAAAUCAAAAUGGAAAAUGUAUAUAACUGUGUUUUAACUGUGCCAAAAAUAUGGUAUAUUUUGUUAUCAUAUCAAAAUAUUGUUAAAUCCAAAAUGCACUCCCUUGAACUUUUAGUAUUUUAUUUUUCUGUUUGUGAAAUUCAAAGUGUUUUUGGACACUUGUUUUUUUUGCACAUUUUUGUAUUCUAUACUUGUUGCUGCUAAAGGUUCUGUUUUUUGUUGAGGCGCUAAAAAGAAAAACAUGUUUUAAGUAAAUUAUUUGCUUCAGCAAUAAAAUGUUAUUGCUGAAUUUUGUGUUAACUGAUAAGCAGCCAUACAAGACAAGAAAUUCAAAGAUAAGAGUAGAGUAACGCCUUUUGUUUGUGUAUUUUCAUAAUUUCUGCUUUAAACACCCCCCUCCUGUUUCUCUGGAAAUAAGUUAAUGAUCUGAAAAUGUAAAUAAUAUUCAUCGAACUAUUCAGGUAUAAAGGUAUAUUUUUACCUAAGUGAUAAAAAUCUAAUUGUACCUAAAGAUUUUCUCAUGUUUAGUUUUUGAUCUUGUCUGUCUUGUCUGUGCUGCAGUUGCAUGCAUCACCAUAAAAGAAAUGUCUAACCGUUACACUGAACAGUACAGUUAUGAGAGGUUGUGUUAGAUAUUACCCUGUCGGUUUAGUUUAUUGCAGAAUGUCUCAGACUAAUAUCCAUCAGGUUACAGGACUUCACCUGAUGGACAUUGCACUUAAUAAAGAAUGAAGUCCUUGUCUGUCAGUUAUUUGCUGUUAAAAAGCAGCAACUAUAUAUCAGAGAGAGAAAGAGCAGAUAUUAAUUAUUCAUGGUAUUUUGUAUUCUCAUUACAUUGUAUUUUUUAAAAAUGUGUUGAAUGUCUUCCUUUUUCUGAUGCUGUUAUCAUGAUCGAUGUAAAAAUAUGUUGUUUUUUUUAUUCACAUGCCUUCUUUAAAAAGUAUUGUGAUUUUUUUUUUCAAUAAAUCUACACUAAUACAAUUCAUGUGGAACUGGUCAAAUAUACUUUGUAUUAGACCCACAUGGAUUAAGUGCACAUGAUGAUGUAAUGGCUUUGCAAACCAGUGCAAUCCGGUUAGCACAGGUUGUGACUAAAAUCUCACUAUACAUGGUGGCAGCCAUUUUCUCCUCAGUCCCAGUCGUCCUGUCCGCUUUGCUGAAAAGUUACCUCAAAGUAUUCCUUCUGUUUUUAUUUAUUUAUCUAUUACCUCUAAACAGGGCAAGUGGAUUUUACCAAAAAGUCCUAUGUGGUCUUAUCUCUCUGCAUGACCUUUUUCAAUGAAAAUUACUAACUUUUUCAUCCAUUGGAAGAUGAAAAACUUGAAAAGUUAAAGGUGAAUCAAAUAUUUAAAAAUGUUUUUAUAUUGUGUGCAUUUCUAUUUUCCUCAGUGUUAAAAGUUGUGUUAAUAGGCAGCUUUUUUAUAUCUUUUAUCAGAUGCAUAAUAAUAAUACAUCAUUCUGGCAUUGCUGUAUAAAUUGAUUUGCAUAAAUGAAAUGUAAUGUCUAGA